GUGAUUGCUAGCAUCGGCCUAGAGGAGGACAUACGAUCAGUCGUCGUUAACUCAUUGAGUUCAGUUGCAUUAAAUGCAACGGAUGUCGCAACGGCUACUAAAUCCGAUCCCAUUAUGAGCAAAGUCAUACAGUUUGUACGACAAGACUGGCCACGUAACAGUACGUUCAGUGGUGAGCUGGCAUGCUUCUACGCUAGGAAGGAAGCUUUAUCAGAGAUGGGAGGCUGUCUCUUAUUCGGGGAGAGAGUCAUCAUACCAAAGGCUCUCCGGCAACGAUGCCUGCGUCAACUACAUCACGGCCAUCCAGGUGUACAAAGGAUGAAGUCGAUCGCACGAAGCUACGUCUACUGGCCGAAGAUAGACACUGAUAUCGCUGAACUUGUAGCAUCUUGUAACGCUUGUGCAUCCGCAGCGAAAUCACCCCCACACGCUAGCCCGGUAUCAUGGCCUGAGAUAACUGCACCGUGGCAACGUAUCCACAUCGAUUAUGCUGGCCCCAUCGACGGUUUCUCCUACUUAAUCGUAGUCGAUGCUUUCUCUAAAUGGCCAGAGGUAAUAAGGACUGCCAGCACAACUUCCAAAGCGACCAUACGAAUCCUUAAUACCAUGUUUGCGCGAUACGGUAUGCCAGUAACCCUUGUUAGCGAUAAUGGUUGCCAAUUCAUCAGUUCCGAAUUUGAGGAUUUUUGUAUUUGUAACGGUAUAGAGCACCUCACAUCCGCCCCGUUCCACCCUCAGUCUAACGGGCAAGCGGAACGCUUCGUGGAUACAUUCAAGCGCGCCAUAACCAAAAUCACGAGCGAUGGAACUGCGAUAGAAGAUGCACUUGACACGUUUUUACAAACAUAUCGCGCCACGCCAAAUCCUCAAGUGCCAAAUAACGAAGCGCCAGCGACAGUAAUGUUCGGACGACAAAUUCGCACUUGUUUAGAGCUUAUACGCCCUGUGCCUAAACCGCAAGAAACCAAUAACGAUGAGCAACGACGCAAUUUCGUCCCAAAUGAUCUAGUCUUCGCUAAGAUUUACUCGCAGAACGGAUGGAAAUGGAAGCCAGGAAGAAUAUUGCGGAAAUGCGGCAAUGUAAUGUACUGUGUUAUGACAGGGACCAUAAGAUUAUACGAAGCCAUAUCAACCAACUACGUCGUCGGGUCCCUUCUAACCAGCAAUCCAGUAAGCGUGAUCAACACCUUUUGCCGCUACAUAUUCUCUUGGAUGAGUGGAACCUUACGCCUCCGUCGUCGUCACCUGAUUCAUCGUCAUCAUCGUCCUCAUCGUCUCCAUCGUCAUUGUCGUUGUCGCCACCGUCCGAUUCAGCUCCGUGUAAUCUAUCACCGUCGUCCGCUGAAUCAUCAUCUUAUAGGACCGUGUCCCAAUCAUCAGCAUCACCACCUCCUGAACGUGAUUGCAUCCCUGAAGAGUCGCAUCGAGGAGCACAGCCGGUACCACCACCACGCCGCUCUUUUAGAGAUAGAAAAGCACCGCGUUGGUUCGACCCGUACCUGCUGUAUUAAAAGAAGGGAGAUGUUGUGGGAACGCAGCCUCAGCAGCGCCAGCUGCUCGACGUCGACAUUCGCCUGUCGACUAUUGAAGCACGAUCGUGUUGAGUGCCUGAGUGUUCCCGUAUUGGCGAACAAGGACCGGAGCCGCAUGAGAGUUGAUACCGAGCGCUCAAGGGCAACGGACGGUUGCACACCCACACACCAGUAUUCGCGUAUCGUCCUAUGUGUUAUUUAACGUGUUUCCUAUUGUAUCUUAAAUAAAGUGUAAGAAUCACAACAA